UCGUCAGGAACAAUCGAUUCACAACCAAAGUGUAGUUUUGUUUUUUCUUUUUUCUUUUUGACACUGCAAUGAAAUAAUUUUUUUGCAACAUCUCACGAUGACCUGCUGUGGUUGUUACCUACUGGGAGCACAUGGUGAUCCGUUUGCAGGCGUACGUUUGGACCAAAGAACAGUUUCCUGACCAGGACUUCGGCAGGCGGCUUCUGAGGGACAUGAGGACGAGACCUGCUGGGAUUGGCAAUGUCCAUGCUGACUGGAUGGGUUCGCUUCCCUCCAUACUCAGUGCCAUGCCUCUCAAGUAUCUUGCUGUGCCAGGUUCUCAUGACUCCUUCACCUUCUGGGUGGAUGUGCAUGCCCCUGUGGGCCCUGAUCAGAAGUCUUAUGUAAAGUACCUUGCCACCAUGUUCAGCGUGCUAGCCAAGAAAGUCAUGGUGAAGUGGUCAAUGACACAGAACCUGACAUUCAGGGAGCAAUUAGAUGCAGGAAUUCGUUACUUCGAUCUCAGGGUGUCUUCUAAACCAGGUGAGCCUGGAAAUGAGAUCUACUUCAUCCAUGGCCUCUUUGGACACAAGGUGAGAGACGGCCUGUUGGAAAUUAACUCUUUCUUGAGCAGACACAAGAAAGAGGUUGUGCUUUUGGACUUCAAUCAUUACUACGCGAUGGAUGAAGAUCACCAUUUGUACCUCAUCCAUAUGCUACAGGAAGUGUUUGGCAGCAAGCUUUGCAGAGACUGUGUAGUGGAGAACAUCACUCUGAACUACCUGUGGGAGAAGAAAUAUCAAGUCAUUGUGUUCUACCAUCACCCUUCAGCACAAGGUGUCCCUGUGAUGUGGCCUGGCAAUAAAAUCCCUGCUCCUUGGGCAAACACCACUGAGCCCAACAAGCUUAUACAGUUUCUGGAAACCACAUUGAAAGAAAGAAACAAACAGGGAUCCUUCCAUGUCACCCAGGCUAUCCUCACUCCUACAGCCAACACUAUAGCCAAAGGUUUGGUGUGGGGGCUGCGUGAAUACCUGGUAGAAAGAAACCUGCCAACCAUAAUGUCUUGGGUUCAGAGUCAACGGCCAGGAGUGGACGGAGUCAACAUCAUCACUUCGGACUUUGUGGAGCUCACUGACUUUGCCAACAUCGUGAUUAAACUCAACAACCUACUGCUCUCUGAGUCGGAACGCAAACCCAGAUGACACAUUCCCCAUUUUUGACUAGCGCUCAGAUGGUUUGGUUUUAUGUGUUUAUCCUAGUUAGGAUAAAAUGGCUUCAGUAAUGCACAUGACAUUAUUGACUUCAAGGAGGUUUGGUAGCUGGUACGCAGGCAGUUUUUCUGCUGCCUGGAAAGCUUCAGUUUCUAACUUAACGACUCAAGUUAAAUGCCAGAGUUUGCAGAAAUUUGUAAGCCUUUAAAUAUUCCUGGAACUCUUCGAUUUUACUUGCAGCCAAUUCUUUCAGCCUAAAUUUUACAAUACAGCCAAGAGGAGUUUGGGAAAAUUGGGGUGAGGUUAGGGAGAAUGAAGAGUGGUUUGUAUUCACUUUCACACAGGGAUACCUCACAUCACUGCUAUGAAAUGCAACUGUUAUACAGACCCAUUUCACAAAUGCUCCACCUGUUACCAUGGUUAUAAUAAUCCUAG